UACACACACUCUCUGUCUAGUGAUUUUUCUUCGACAAAAACCCACUACAGAAAGCAACCGAGUUCCUCUUUUGUCUUUUCCCCACAUGUUUUGUGGGUCCUUUCGUCUUGGAUCCUAUUAUCUUAUAUGGGUCGAAUUCGGGAGAAGAAAGUUGUAACCUUUAAUCAGUUUAUAUACUCUUGACUAUUAGACAACCAAAAUUCUGUGCUGAUCUUACAAAUUUACUUACCUUCUCACGUGGGUUUGGUUUUAUUUUGUGUCUUCUACACUGUUGAUGAAUUGAUGUCUUUGGCCGUUGAAGCCGUUUCUAGUUCCAGUAACAUGGGGUUUCACGAGAACAAGGAAGGAGAAGAGAAGAGUACUGGCGGUUUGGACACUGCAACAACAGAGUUAACAGGUCAUGAGAGUGAUGAUGAGGAAGAAGAACGGUUGGGAUUUGUGAGGAAAACGAGUGAGAGUUCUUUGUAUAUGACUGAGGAUGAGGAAGAUGAAGAGGGAUCCACAAAAAUUGAGUUGGGUCCUCAGUGCAGUCUCAAAGACCAGCUUGAAAAGGACAAGGAUGAUGAGAGCUUGAGAAAGUGGAAGGAGCAGCUUCUUGGGAAUGUGGAUGUUAACAACAUUGGAGAAACCCUUGAUCCAGAAGUGAAGAUUCUUAGUCUGUCAAUCCUCUCACCUGAUAGACCUGUCAUCGUUCUUGCUAUUCCUGAGGGAGAAAACCCCAAGGGUUUAUGGUUCACAUUAAAAGAAGGCAGUCGUUACAGUUUAAAGUUCUCGUUCCAAGUGAGCAAUAACAUUGUAUCUGGCCUUAGGUACACCAGCACUGUUUGGAAAACCGGUGUUAAGGUUGACAGCACAAACGAGAUGCUUGGAACCUUCUGUCCUCAGCCUGAGCCUUACAUGCAUGUGAUGCCUGAAGAUACCACCCCUUCAGGCAUUUUUGCCAGAGGACAAUACUCUGCAAAAUUGAAGUUUCUCGAUGAUGAUAACAACUGUUAUUUGGAGAUCAACUAUACCUUCGACAUUCGGAAAGGAUGGGCGUCUACUUAAAUGGAGAACUUCCAGCAAGUAGCAGCAUGUGUCGCUUGUUUUCAUUCUUAUGCCAUUUUUAGAUUCAAAUUUCUUCUCACUCUAAGCACACUUGUUGGGAGUAUCUUAAGCACUUUGAUCCUUGUAUAUGGCCAGUUCCAGUCAAUACAAGGAGGGGAAAUUCAAUAGUUGGUAAGGAGAGCUUAGGUUAGGGCCUGUCAUCUAGAUACUUCUUUGUUCCAGAGUUGUUAGAUGGUUACAUUUAGGGUUGUUAAGAUGUUCGAAUAUAGUUAGCCUUGACAUGCCUGGGAUGGAGUUCUGUUGUGCAACAGUUAUGUACUGUAUUCAAAGCGUUGCCAGUUAUAGUUAUGAUUUAUUGACCAUAAACUAA